AUGGAUCUUCCAGUUGUGGGUGAUUCAGACGAUGAUGAAAUGGUCUCCCACGAACUAGAGCAAAUGAGGAGUAUAUUGGAAGAGGCGAUUUUAGAAACGCGCAGCAUGCCUCUCGAAAAUCGACCGCGACUUCCCCGCAUACCCCUAAGCAAGCGAAAUCGGGCUGUCGUGAGGGCUCUUAACCCAAUGCUGGUAACCUAUUUGGAAGCCAGCCGGGACCUUUGCGAGACGGACUCAGUUCUUUUUGGCGCCGCAGUGGCAGCUUGCCGUAUUAUUGGCGCCAAACUUCCCAUGGCUGGACGUGCUACUAAACAAAGUAGCGCCAUCCCAGCCUGGAGAAAAAGAAUUGAGGACCGUAUCGCAAAGGCAAGGGCCCUUAUCGGCAGACUGAUAAGCUUCAGGUCGGGUAAUAAUAGACCGAGGGUUGUGCGCACCGUUAGAAUGGCGUUUGCUGGGACAAAUAUCAGUUUGUCCCAGCCGGAUAUCACGCAGAAACUAACGGAGCGCAUAGACGACCUGAAGCAAAAGAUUGCCGCUUGGGGGAAGCGGAUUCGCCGAUUUACCGAGAGGUCAAGGCGGUUCAACCAGAAUCGUCUCUUCCAGAGUGAUCAGAAGAGGCUCUACAAAUCAUUGGAGCGACCAGAGGUAUGUGGAGCGGGCCCAGGACCGGAUCAGGCUAACACUGUCGCAUUUUGGCGUGGCCUGUGGUCAGAGCCCGUAAACCACAGCGAGGGCCCUUGGACGGAAGUUGUGGCGAGUCAGUGUGCGAGUAUUACGCCCAUGGACCCCGUCAUCAUAACGCCGGAUGACGUAGCUGAGGCGGUCCGUAGAGCCCCGAACUGGAAAAGUCCGGGACUCGACGGACUGCAUCACUACUGGCUGAAGGGGUUCAUGGUGUGUCACGCUGUGCUCGCCCGUCAGUUUCAAGAGGCUCUCAACCAGAAGUCGCUCCCUAACCUCUUCACCACUGGGAUCACUCAUUUGGUUCCUAAAGACCAGAUAUUAACCUAG